AUGGCCGACCGUCUAUCCCAAGUUUCAGGACAUUUGACGAAUACCUACGGGCGUGGCUUGCUCGCCGGCGAAGUCGCCAUCAUAACCGGAGCUGGCCAGGGAAUAGGUCGUAGCACUGCCCUCCUGUUCGCGAAGGAGGGAGCUAAAGUUGUAGCGAGCGACAUCGACGCAGGGAGGCUGGAUGCCGUUGUAGCAGAAAUCAAAGCCGCCGGUGGAGAUGCUAUUGGUGUCGCUGGUGAUGUUGGCGCAGACGACUUCCCCAAGAAGAUUGUCGACGCCACGAUAGCGAAAUACGGAAAGAUCAACCACAUUGUCAAUAAUGCCGGCUUCACCUACGACAGAAUGCUUCAUACGACCCCAGAUGAUGCCUUCGACAUCAUCAUGAAAAUUCACGUUCGUGCGCCGUUCAGACUCGUGCGACAGGCCGCUCCUUACUACCGCCUUAAGCACGCCGAUCAACGGGAGAAUAGGUCGAUAACUUACGUUUCCUCAACCAGUGGCCUACACGGCAAUGUUGGACAGGCGAAUUACGCAGCUGCUAAGGCUGCUGUCAUUGGUUUGGGAAAGACGACCGCGAAAGAAUGGGGCCCCUUCGGUGUGCGGGCUAACACCAUUGCCUUUGGACUUGUUCACACUCGACUCACUGCAGCCAAAGAAAAGGGUGCCGCUAUUGAGAUUGACGGAAAGAAGGUCGCUCUUGGUGUACCCGGUGCCAAGGGCCCAUCGGAUGAGGAGGAUCUUCCCUCGAUCCCUUUGAGACGUGGCGCCUCUCCUGACGAAGCUGCUGGUGCCGUCCUCUUCCUGUCGUCUCCUCUCGCUUCGUACGUUUCCGGCCACACAUUGGAGGUCACGGGUGGUGGAGGUAUCUAG